UUGUUGAUGUUGUUGAUACUGUGGUGUUGAAUGCUAAGAACUUCCUAAGGAAUUCAUGGGCUGCUCUUGAGGAUGACACAUGGGUUUCUUAGUCUGUUACGCAUAAUAAUGGCAAAUGGGCAUUUUCUACCGCCAUUUCCAAUCUGAAGAAGAAGCAAAUACAUUCGAAUCCAAAACAGAAAUAUGGUUCAAGGUCUCAAGUUGGACUCAAAAAUCCUUCCUUAUGAAGAAUCUUUAUUGGAAUAUAAGGGGAAUUGCUAAACCCCCCUCAAGAUUAGCUCUUAAGAGAUUGUUAAAAGUUCACAAACCUAAUUUUCUGCUCAUUGUUAAACCGAAAACUUCUUUUGACAAAAUUUCGGGCAAUUGGUUCCAUAAGCUUGGUUUUAAGUUUUUUGCUUUCAAUAAUCCUAUUAUUCUAUCUCUGUGGUGUUUUUGCAAGACAGAUAUUGGCCCAACUAUUAUUGAUUCUCCUAACCAAUUUGUGGUGUUUUCUUUUGGUUUGGACCAUAAGACCUUGGCUACUGUUGCGGUUUAUGCCUUUAUAUGUUUGUAUAAGAGGAAAGAGCUAUGGAAGGAUCUUUCUGAGCUCCAAAUUCAGCAUCCUCUCCCUUGGAACUUCAUUGGUGAUUUCAAUGCUAUAAUGGGGGCUUGUGAACAUUGGGGUCACAAUGCUCCUACAAAGGGUCCUAUUAUUGAUUUUCAGGCUUGGACGAAUUUGAAUCAGAUCUUGCACCUUCCCACUCAAGGAUUUCUUUUCACUUUGAAUAAUAAAAGGGCUCAUCCUUAUUUUAUCAAAAGACGUCUCGACUGGAGUAUUGUUAACUUAUCCUGGUUGAGUUCUUAUGCCAACACUUAUAUCUGCACCCUUACCAAGUUGCAUUCAGAUUGCUUCCGUAUCCUUCUCGAAUUUCAUAUUAAUCCUAUUAUGCUAGUGAAUCAAUUAUGGUUUUUGAAAACUUGGAUUUUGCACAAGGAUUGCAGUAAGAUUAUUGAAUCUUGUUUGAAUGAAAAGGUAGUUAGUUGUCAUAUGUUGGUUCUUUGUAGGAUGCUUCAAUUGCUUAAAAGAACUCUUAAAAGCUUGAAUAACUCCACCUUUGUGAAUGUUACUCAUAAUGUUUUAAUGGUGGAAGAUAAGUUGGAUAGGAUUAAGGCUCAGACACAAAUCUCGGGGAUGGAUGCUAACUUAUUUAGGCAAGAAUUAGAUGCCCGAGACAAUCUCAUUUUAGCUUUGAAUAUGGAGGAAUAUUUUUGGAACGAAAAAUCUAGGCUUAAAUGGCACCUUAAGGGAGACCGAAACACUGCCUUUUUCCAUCAGGUUUCAAAAUCUGGAACUCUCUCAAGCCUAUUUCUAUUCUCAAGCAUGGAGACGAUAUUUUUUUGA